AUUUCACAUUAUCCUCCCCUUCAGCACACCUUGGUUCUUCUUCUACAGUUCUACUUGAAGGUUUUUACUCUCAAAGAUUCUCACUUUUUAAGUCUUUCGUGGAUUUUUAGUGAUACCCAGAUCUUUUGAUCCGCAGUUUUUCAAUCAUGGACGUCAUUUCCCGGCAGCAGCCGCAGUCGACUCUGAACCCGAACGCUCCGAUGUUCGUUCCGUCGGCGUAUCGGACGGUGGAGGACUUCUCCGCCGAGUGGUGGGCCCUGGUCCAGUCCUCCCCUUGGUUCCGCGACUACUGGCUCCAGGAGAACUUCCAGGAUCCCCAGAAUGACCCCUUCUUUUCCGAUAUUCCCGACGACUCCGACUACAUCGACGACCUCUUCGACGAGGAACACUACCCCACCACCACCAACAACAACACACAACCAGAGGUGGAGGAGGAGGAGGAAGAAGAAGAAGAGGAGAAAGACUAUCACAAGGAGCUGGUUUCGUUGGGACUGUUGAAGUGGCCGAGGGGUCGAGCUGUGGCGAAGGCCCCGAGGUUUAUAGAGAAAGCUCCGAAGAUUGUGAAUGUCAAAGUGAGUCCCAGGGCGAUUCAGCAGCCGAGGUAGACCGAGUUCAGUGACUCUUUUGACUCACCCGGUUUUGUAAAUACUAUGCAAUGAUUUAGCUUUCGGAUCUUUGUAGUUCUUGUAAUUUGCAGCCUUGUACUUUUGUGUUUGAGCAAUAAAGAUAACUAAUUUCCGAUCA